GGCCUGGUUAAUAAUAAUACGCAGGUCGAUUCUCCACUGAACUCCCAGACUCUACAACCUCCGUUUGGGCUUUCAUGGCCUCAAGCAACCCUCGCUUUGACUACUUUCCGCCGUAACCAUACACUGCACUUUCCCUUUAUAACUGUGAAGGAAGACUCAGCAGCCGAAGACUUAUACAAGGAGAAGCCUUUCUUGUUUCGAGCCAUCAUGCUUGUUGCCUCGCCAUUGCCUAGAUCAAGAGUUGUCAAGAUGAAACGCAACACGCUUGCGUACCUAGGCUAUAGAAUGCUGGUAGAGGAAGAAAAGACUCCGGAUCUACUUCAAGGCCUGCUAGUUGUCACCGCUUGGGCGCACACUUGCUACAUCGACGAAGGACAGGUUACGAACCUGGCUUUUCUUGGUCUCGGAUAUGCGCACAAGCUAGGAAUUACUCAAAUGUCCUCACCAUUGCCUGAGCAGGCCAACAUCGCCAAUCAGUCAGGGACCUCGGGCCUGACAGAAAAGAUGCGACAAGUAGUAAAGACACAUUCUCUGGAUGAGCAACGUUGUGUUCUUGGACUCUACUGCAUUCUUUCAGUUAUCUCGACCAAACAGUCUCGGAGCAACCCCCUUGACUCAGCACAUAUUGAUAUCUGCUGCAACAACAUAUCAGCGUCUCAAAGCCCGACAUCUAGCCCCGCCCUGGAACAUCUCGUACGAUUUAUUGAAAUGAGCGAAAGAUUAUCAAAAGGCUUUGGCGAACCACAUGAGCGCACCCUCUCUAGACCCUAUGCUUUUCUCCUUGAAGGCAAUGGGCGUCGUUUUAGAGCUGAUCUGGAACGUCUUGCUGAAGUAGCUACUCGGAAUGAUUCUGCAAGCCAUCAUCAAAAUUUCCAGCUUUAUCACCAGUAUACUCUGGUGCGUCUUUAUGAGCCUGCCGUUAUGGUGGCGGAUCAUCCAGACGAAGGCGUCGCCCCGUUCGUGUAUCUUUUGAUCUGCCUCCGCAACUGUCUCGACGCCAUACGGUCAUUCUUUGACCUCUUACUCUCCUCGUCACCAGAGGAUAUACUAAACCGUGCUAUUAUAACCACUGACCAAGCGGCGUUUGUCAUGGUUCUGGCGGCACGGCUGCUGCUCAUCGACGCCCCUGGUUGGGACCCCGCGGCCGCCCGGCAAACACUCAACCUAAGCACCGUGCUAGGAAAGAUACAGGCGCAUAUUGAGAAAGCAGAGACACAGAACAUCAAGGCGAUGCAAGAAUUUGUUGCAGUGACGGGAGAUACGCUCUCUGAAGAGGAAAUGACUGAGGAUAGCACGUUGGGGGAGUUGGCGACGAAGACGCGGCCACUGAAGGAGUGGUAUGAGACAAGGCUGGAAGGGGAAUAUGCUGACAAGAUGCCCUCUAUGCAUGGUUUCUCGAUGGAAGAAAGAGAUGGCGAGACUGAAGAAGGCAUGACGCGGCUUGGGGGGCUCUUGAAUGAUAUUGCAUGGAACUUUCGACCAUUUGGAUGGUAG